UUAAAAAAAAAACAUGCCAGUUAAAUGUCAACUGGAAUAUGGCGCCAAUUUUUAUUAUUAAUAUUGGUUUAUUGCACAAAUCAUUUGAUUGAAACACAACAAUUUACGGGAGCACGCAAUUUUCUACUUCUACUCCUAGAUACUGAUGAGGAUUCCGAUCGAGAAAUGCAUGAAUGGGAAAAUCAACAAAUACGUAAAGGCGUGACUGGUGCGCAACUGGUGAGUGCUCAACAUGAUGCAGUACUCUCGCGGUUUAUGAUUAAGCCUACCGGUACGAAUGCGUUGGAAUAUGCGCCAGAACAACAAUCCACAUCAACACUGCUGGAGCAAGCAUAUGCAAAGAGCGCACUACAGAAGCCACAGCAAAUAUUGAGUGGAGCAACGAAGACAAAAAAGGAGAAGAGCAAAGCAGUAUCAUUACGCACACCAAAUGAAAUACACGAUGCUAUACAAACGCGUUUGAUGAAGUUGCGUGAGGUUAACGAAAAACAUAUGUCGGAUAUCGAACGUAUUGCGAACGAGUUAAAGGUGCUAAAACUUGAAGAAUUGGAUUGCACACAGAAGGCACCAACGGCGGCGGCAAAAUAUCGUUUCUAUCAAGAGUUGAAGUGCUAUGCUGCGGAUUUGAUCGACUGUUUGACUGAGAAGACCCCGACAAUUAAUGAAUUAGAGAAACGCAGUUUACAUGUAUUUUCAAAACAUCAGAAUUUCCUCAUCGAACGCCGCCGACAAGAUAUACGCGAUCAAGCUAAAGAAAUGGCGGAGGCAUCAAAACCUGCAGGUUCACGCCGUGGCCCCGAAUCGGAGGAACAGGUACGCCGCGCUGCAGAGCGUGAAGGUAGACGUACACGCCGACGUUGUGAUCGUGAGAAAAAUGAACUUCUCAUUUCGCAUUUAGACGGCAUGUCCAGCGACGAUGAAACAUCGGACCGAUACCAAGAACAAUUACAAAGUAAUUUAGAGCAAAUUCAUAAAGAGGCAGAGGCAAUAUUCAAUGAUGUAAACGAUGACUUUUAUAAAGUCGAACUAAUUUUAAUGAAAUUCUAUGCUUGGCGCAAAACCGACAUGAAUUCUUACAAAGAUGCAUUUGUUAGUCUCUGCUUGCCGAAGAUUUUGGGGCCUCUAGUACGAUUUGAAAUGUUAUCCUGGUCACCACUGCUAGAAGAAUACAAAGAUAUUGAAAAAAUGCAUUGGUAUUCAGCUUGCAUGCUUUACGCUUGGAGUGAGGAUGAAACCGAGACGUCUCUACGGCUCGAUGUUGAUGUUAGUUUAGUACCGACAAUCAUUGAGAAAAUUAUAUUACCCAAAGUUACUGAUAUAGUCAAUCAAUGCUGGGAUCCACUAUCGACAACACAAACAUUGCGUUUAAUUGGCUUUAUAAACCGCUUGGGUCGCGAUUUCCCACUGAAAGAUACUUCAAAGCAGUUACAGCAGUUGUUUGAAAAGAUUUUAGAAAAAAUGAAAUUAGCAUUAGAGAAUGACGUCUUUAUACCAAUUUUUCCUAAGCAAGUACAAGAGGCCAAGACUUCUUUCUUCCAACGCCAAUUCUGUAGUGGUCUGAAAUUAUUUCGAAAUUUUCUUAGCUGGCAGGGCAUUGUUGCGGAUAAACCUUUGCGUGAACUAGCAAUAGGUUCAUUGCUAAACCGUUAUUUACUACUGGCUAUGAGGGUGUGCACAGCCAAUGAUGCGAUAAGUAAAGCUUAUAUAAUUGUUAAUACAUUACCAACCGUAUGGCUACAGCCGGAAUCGGAAACGCUGCAAAAUUUGCAAUUACUAAUUACCUACAUCAAGCAGACUUUGGACGCAUUCGAUGCAAAGAAUCCGCUUUUCAUGCAAACCUGCGACAAGGCCAAGCAAAUUCUGCAACGGCUACAUAGCUAUUAGUUCGCACAUGACUUGGUACUUAUACUCAAAUUAUACAACAGCAGCGCGCCGUUAUUCACUUGAAUACGACUUUCGUUUGCAGUUUGUUUCCUUUUGGAAUACGUUAUGUAUAUAGUUUAUGUAGUUGGCCUAGCUAUAUAAUUGUAGAUGUUUAAUUAAAUAGCUGUAAGCACUUUUUCAGACUCCAUAGAGUUUCAAAUAAAAAUAAUACAUUGUGACAUAAAAACU